UUUCACUUAUGCCAGGUGUAGUUAUUAUGUUUUAAUGUGUUUAUGUUCACAUGAAAAAGUUUGGUCUGCGGUUAGCAGUUGAUAAUUCGCCGUGGAACCCUAACAGCAAUGGUCUCUGCCACCGAUUUAAAUGGUUCAGAUCAAAUCAAUAUGACUCAUAUCGAUUUAACAUCUUUACCUCCACAAAAUGAUGUUAAUAACAAAACAGAAGAUACCAAUAAUGGACUUACAAUAACGUACGGUAUAGAUGAUAAUCCACCAUGGUACUUAUGUAUAUUCAUGGCUUUACAGCAUUAUCUCACAAUGAUCGGUGCAAUAGUGUCAAUACCAUUCAUUCUGACACCGGCGUUAUGUAUGAGAGAAGAUGAUCCUGCUCGAGGACACAUAAUAUCUACAAUGAUAUUCGUCACUGCUAUAGUCACUUUUACUCAAGUUACAUUUGGUUGUAGGUUACCUAUAGUUCAAGGUGGCACCAUAUCGUUUCUUGUACCCACUUUGGCUAUUCUAAACUUACCCCGAUGGCGUUGCCCCGCAGCUGAUGUUAUAACAGCCAUGAGUCCACAUGAACAAGAAGAGCUAUGGCAAGUCCGCAUGAGGGAAUUGUCAGGCGCAAUCGCUGUGUCGGCAUUGUUCCAAGUGUUUAUCGGGUACACAGGUCUUAUCGGAAAAAUCGUCAAGUAUGUGACCCCCUUGACAAUCGUCCCUACUGUUUCUUUAGUUGGUUUGUCUUUAUUUGAAAACGCAGGUGCUUCCGCAUCCAAACAUUGGGGAAUAUCUAUGGGUACUAUUGUAUUAUUGACGCUGUUUUCACAGUUCUUGACCAACGUAAGAGUACCAAUUGUUUCUUACAGUUCCUAUAAAGGUAUCCAUAUCACAUGGUUUAACAUAUUUCAGCUUUUUCCUGUUCUAUUAACGAUUACAAUUAUGUGGAUAAUUUGCGCCGUUUUAACGGCAACCGAUUACUUUCCAGUUGGUCAUCCAGCGAGAACAGAUGUAAAGAUUAGGAUAAUAGAAGACGCUGAUUGGUUUAGAAUUCCGUAUCCAGGUCAAUGGGGUUGGCCUACCGUCAGUGUUGCGGGCGUUGUUGGAAUGUUAGCUGGAGUUUUGGCUUGUACUGUGGAAUCAAUUAGUUAUUAUCCUACGACGGCUAAAAUGUGUGGAGCACCUCCUCCACCUGUGCAUGCCAUCAACAGAGGUAUUGGAUUCGAAGGUUUAGGAACUGUGCUUGCCGGUCUAUGGGGAAGUGGAAACGGAACAAAUACUUUCGGAGAAAAUGUUGGAGCUAUUGGCGUCACCAAAAUUGGAAGCAGACGUGUUAUCCAAUACGCUAGUGGAUUAAUGUUGAUCCAAGGUGUUGUGAAUAAAUUAGGAGCUGUUUUUAUUAUUAUUCCAGAGCCUAUAGUUGGAGGAAUGUUUUGUAUUAUGUUUGGAAUGAUAUGCGCUUUCGGUCUUUCUGCACUGCAAUACGUUCAACUCAACUCUUCCAGAAAUUUAUACAUCAUAGGAUUUUCAAUGUUUUUCUCACUGGUUCUUCCUAAAUGGCUCAUAGCUAACCCAAAUGUCAUACAAACUGGAAAUGAAAUUUUAGACAGCGUUUUUACUGUAAUUUGUAGCACAAGUAUUCUUGUGGGAGGCUUGCUUGGUUUCUUUUUGGACAACACAAUACCAGGUACUCCAGAAGAAAGGGGCCUGAUUGCUUGGGGAAAAGAAAUGAAUCUUGCCAAUGAACCAACUAAUAAUGAAGAAUCGAGCACGUAUGAUUUCCCCGUCGGAAUGAACUUGUUAAGAAAGAUGGAAUGGACAAGUCAUAUACCAUUUUUACCAACUUACAAACCAAAGAAAAACUGAUAUAAUAAUUCAACGAUAAUAUUUAAUAAUGUUAUUGUAAUUUUCUAUGAUGACUAGAUGUUAUUUACUUUUGUAUGAUUUUUAUUACAAGAGAGUGACUUUUAA